UUGAUGAGUUUUUAUCGUUAAUUUGUGUUUUUCCUAUGGUUACAUGCCGGUUUAAUAUUAAAACAUUUAACCCCCACCUAAGAAAACAUUGUCGACAAUGUCGUCGAAAAAUACACCCACUAAUUCCCGUAAUAAUAAGCCUCUAGUGCCAAAUGUUUCCGGGUCGAAUUCUAGCUCCCUUUUCAAGCACAUAACGCGCCGAAAUUUCAAUAAAUCCGGUUCGAUUGGAAAUACCGCGGAAAAGGGCACGCCUGCAAAUCUGCUGAAUACCGCGUUCUCUUCUGGAAGCUCUUCUGUAUCGCGAACGCCAAAUUCGAGUGCGAAAAGUCGGUCAAAAAUUCCAUCAACUUCUCUGAACGCUUGCUACACGCCGUCAUCCCUUUAUCGCAAUGCGGGUAAAAGUGCGAGCACCUCGACACCAACAUCACUUACUGCAAAAAGUCUAAAAUUCAACACACCCAAAACUACGCCCAAAACGAGUGAUCCUGGAACGCCAGAAUGUUUUUCAAAAGUGUCCCUCGAAACUCCCAGGCGGUCUGCAAAGUCAUGUGGCGACGAAAAUCGUUCCAUGCGGGAUAUGGAGAUCAGCAACUUGAAAGUAGCCGUCCGAGUUCGGCCACUCAAUGCCCAAGAAUGCUUGAACCCGUCCGUAACGAAUAUCAUCCAAGUAGACGAGAAUGAGGUGACCGUUGUUGCUGGGACUACUGCGGACAGCUCAGCUGGCGUAAGCCACAGUUUCCAAUACGAUGAUGCCUUUUGGUCUGUAAACUCGGACGACCCACAUUAUGCGAGCCAGGAGGACGUGUUCCGUAGCAUAGGCAUUCCGCUUGUAGACAAAGCCUUCGAAGGCUACAACGCAUGCUUGUUUGCCUAUGGUCAGACGGGCUCAGGGAAAAGCUACAGCAUGACGGGAAUCGAAACCGACGACAAUGACUUCGACCCGAAAUCGGAGGCUGGAAUAAUCCCGCGGUUUUGUAAGGAGGUUUUCCGGCGAAUCAACUCGCUGAAGAAGACAACAGAAGUGGAAGUCGAAGUGAGCUACUUCGAGAUUUAUAAUGAGAAAAUUCACGAUCUGCUCUGCGUAGCACAACUCGAGUCUAACGGCGGUGCCAAUCCCAGCAAACGAAGUGCGUUGCGCGUGCGCGAGCAUCCUGUCUGGGGUCCUUACGUAGUCGACUUAAGCACGCACCCAGUCGACUCAUAUGCAGCGUUAAAAAACUGGCUAACAGUUGGCAAUAGCCAGCGAGCGACAGCGGCAACCGGAAUGAAUGACAAAAGUUCGAGAUCUCAUUCUAUUUUCAAUAUUGUCAUGAACUUAUCGGAAAUCGACGAGGCAUCCGAAGGCGUUAGUAAGAAAAUUAAGCACACCAAAAGGAGCAAAAUCAGUUUAGUGGAUUUGGCUGGAAGCGAAAGGAUUAGUCAUGGGAGCACGACCGGGGACCGGGUACGUGAAGGUGUAAGCAUAAACAAGAGUCUGCUGACCCUGGGGAAAGUGAUCGCGGCCCUGGCUGAUUCGAAGCGAGGCCCUUCUGCAUUUGUGCCAUAUCGAGAGUCGGUAUUAACCUUCUUGCUUCGGGAAAGCCUUGGUGGCAAUUCGAGGACAGUAAUGUUGGCUACAAUUUCACCAGCAAGUGUUCAUAUUGAUGAAACUCUUGCCACUUUACGCUACGCUUGCCAGGCUCGAACAAUCAUCAACCGAGUGAAAGUCAACGAAGAUCCUCACGAUCGGAUAAUCCGGGAACUUCGGGCUGAAGUAGAACGUUUGCAAGGUUUACGACAGGACUAUGAACGUCAAAAGCGUCAUUCAGCGAAUGGUGGUCAACCACGAAAGAUAAUCAUUGAAACAUCAGUAGAUGAAUCAGAAGUAGACGCACUUCGGGUUGAAUUAGCUGCUAUGGAAAAGGAACUUGCAAAAGCUGAGAAGUCAUGGAGGGAACGGCUGCAAGAAGCAGAGAACCGGAGAAAGUCAGAGAUGCGUAUGCUUCGCAGAAAAGGUCUUGCCAUGGAAUUGUCUGCUGAACAAAAACAAGUUUGCCUCAUUAAUCUUGCGGCCGAUCCAAUUCUUUCGGGAACAUUGUUUUACAUUAUUCCACAAGGUAAAGUGCGGAUAGGUAGGACAACGCCGUCAGCAUUCCCGCAACCAGACAUUGUCCUCGAUGGACCUUUGGUUGCUUUCAAUCAUUGUUGUGUUGAAAAUAUAGACGGCCAAUUGUUCAUAUCAUCAGAAAAUCCGGAUUUCGAAACGUUUGUCAACGGGGAUCUCCUUGUUGAGCGGAAACAACUGUUCCACGGUGAUAGACUUGUGAUUGGUGGAUCUCAUUAUUUCCGUGUCUCAAAUCCGCACUGCCCUAAGCGAACAACAAAUAUAGUUGUGGAUUAUGAGCUUGCACAUAAAGAAAUCCUGCAAAAGCAAGAAGAGGAACUACGUCGCGAAUUAGAGGAAGAGAAACAGGCUGCACUCGGUCAAAUCGAGUUAGAACGAUUAGAAAAUGAAAGAAAUUACCACGAACAAGUAGAACUUCUCGAAUUAGAAAAAUUCAAAUACAAUUGCUCAAAAGAAUUACUAGAGACGGAGAAAAAAGCGCUCGCCGACAAAACGGGUAAUGAGGAACCAUUCCAAUAUACACCAUAUAAAUCCACUUUAGUAGAUGACAUCAAACGAAUAAUGCAACAUCCGACGGAGGAAAGCUUACAUAAAACUCAAUUGAAGGUGAAAGAGGCGACACAACGAUGUCGUGAACUCGGACUUCAAUUGGAAUUCAAACAGACCCAAGUUGUGGACGAAUUCGGCAUAUUCCGAGCUAUUGUAGCAAUAAUCGAUAAAGAAAACCAAAGGAAGGCAGAGUGGCCUACAGCGCGCCUUGAUGUCUGGUUAGAUCUCAUAAGAGAAAAUGAUGUGAAUGCAAAUAACGUAUUCAAAAGCUUCGACAUUGACUGGGUACCGUUAUCGGAAUCAUUGAAUGAAACUCUCAAUGACUCCCUUAAUUCAAGUCGAAUUUCUCUAAACUUGACUGCCGUCAGGGACGUGGUGCUAAAACAAAAACCUGUACCGAACAGUUUACAAAGAUUUUGCAAUAUGUUUAUAUCCAGCGGUAGUAGUAGGAAACAAGCACCAGACCCGGAAAAGGCCAACCACAUAUUAGGUUCAGUUCCAUAUAAAUCAUUAGAGAAUACCAAAAAGACUUUGACUUACGACGAAGAAGAUGCCUGUAUGCCAUCAAAGAGUUCUCCGAAUUCAAAACUCUCCGGUUUCAAUUCUUCAGCCAAUGUUUAUUUAAAAGAUAUCCAAAAACACACAUUGAAACUGAAGAAACUUUGCGAUCGAUAUAACGCUGAUGAAAAUUUAAAUCAAAAACAUCCACCCUUGGAUCGUAUUCAAAAAUCAAUCGAUCAAAUGGAGGAAAUCAUUUAUGAUCUCAAAACAAUGCUUACACAUAGUCCGGAUUCAACGACGAGAACACCGAAAUCUGUGAGAUUUCUUUUAGAUUAGUGCUUUUGCUAUUAAGGGGAUAGAUAGGAGCGUAUUUUUAUCUAUGUUAUUUUGUACACUGCUAUUCAAUUCUUUUGCAAAUAAAGUUUACA